AUGCCACCAAAAAUAUAUAAGCAUACUAAGGAACACAAGCUUAGGGAGAUUCAAAAGAGUUUGACCAAGAAAGCUCGAUUGAGAAAAGAAUAUUUGAAGACCUUAAAGCAGGAGAACUUAUCUCUGCCCAAGAAGGAUGAAGCGAGUCCUCGAUUAAGUUAUCGUGAGGCCAAAACUCAAAAAGCCGCGCAGAGAAAAGAAGACGUCGAACGGAAGAAAGAAUUGAAGAUAGAGAGAAAACGACUUGAAAAAGAUCGAUAUUUGAGCUCUAAGCAAGACGAGAAACAGAAACUCGAAGACAUUAGAAAAAAACAUGAGCAGCGCUCUGUUAGAUCUAAAAAACUAACGCAGAGGACGAAAUCGGGUCAGCCACUUAUGGGUCCGAAAAUUGAAGAUUUACUAGAAAAGAUAAAAACCGAUGAGACGUACACGAAAUGA